UUUUCCUCUUCCCCGCAUCCCUCUGCUUUCUCUUAUCUCUAUCUUCUCUCAUCCCUCUAUUCUCCACGUAACCCUAAGCCCAGAUCUAGAUUUCCUCUUCCCCUGCAUCCCUUUGUUUUCUCUCAUCUCUGUCUUCUCCCAUCCCUCUCUUCUCCACGACCCCGUGAACCCACACGAACCCAUGAACUGGCAAACCGUUCUUAGUUUAGCUUUUUAUGGGGGAUCCACUGCAAGAAAAGAACACUGCUGAGACUCUGCCAGAUGUGACACCUUUAAGGACCACAGAAGAAAAGGAAGAAAAUAAGUUAACCGAGUUUCAAAGUGAGAUACUUCAACUAGCAGCUGUUCUUAAUGGCGACCACUUCUUGAGUAGUUUCCCAGAUGAAAUGAGCAGCAAAAUGAAUGUGAAAGAAGCACAUGAGUAUGUGGAGGGUGUUGUUGCAAGGUUUAAAAGAGCUAGCAAAGAAGCCAUCAUGUUAGGGGUGGAUGAAUCUACCAUUGUAGAUAUGAGAUCAUCUCUCACCAACAGAUCCUCCAUUCAUAAUUAAUAAAUAAAAAAAUCCUCCAAAGUCAUCUUCCCUUUUUACUCAAUUAUAUAUGUUAGUGUCCUUUCUUUGGUUAUAAAUAUAUCUCAGAAAGUGACCACCAUUUUUUUUGGUUUUUGUCAGAAGUGGAAUAAAUUCCGCCUUGAAAAAUCAAGGGGAAGUAGUACUUUCUAUUGUGAUUUUGGCUAUAAUCGUUGUCUCAUUUGCUUCAA